GGUUCGGUCAUUUUGUGUCAGGAGAGAUGUGCAUCUGCUCUACCUGUAUGAUUUUGCGUCAAAAUUCUUGCAUUUUAAGUUCGUGAACAAUCAAAAGGCUUUUAACUUAACGCUAUUCAAAAUGAAAUAAAUUUUUGCCAUUCCAAUAACUACGGAAUUUGUAAGCCUAGUACCGUCAAAAGUAGGUUUGAUUCUUAUACAUUCUUGCACCUAUAAACUGUCACCGCGGCAUAAGUUAUCCUACAUCCCAAUUCCCAGUGCAUGUGCAUUAGCUGCAGCGGCAUCAGCGGUGUUAUGCUUCCAUUUGUAAACAAAAAUUUCGUUUCUUCGAGACCUUCGCACGCUAGAGGCACAUAAUCCUCUCUCCAAACUUUAGCAGAAUAUAUAAAUAAUGAUGCGGGAUACAAGAACGUUAAAAAGUCUCUUUCCAGAUCCGAAGCCUCCAAGGCGAAAAAAUUUUAUUAAAGAAAAUGUUGAAAGUCUACGCAGGAUGGAACAAAUUAUGCAUACUGAUGGCAGUCCGGCCAAAGGUUUGAAAUUGCCCAUUUUAAGAAAGACUAGACUCUCAAAAACUUCUGAUGAUAUUAGUAACGUUAAUGUUACUAAUGGUGAUGGACGAUCCCAACAUCUUAAAGCUCAAGAAAUUACUGAUGAAACUAAGAAACAGAACAGAAAAAAAAGUUGUUUCACCGUUUCAAAUGCUAAGGUUGUUUCCAAAAAACUACCAAUAUCAUCUACGAAAAAAAACUUAAAAGCUAACUCUAUUGAAAAUCUUGCGACUGAGAAAGUGCAUGAGGAUUUUAAAAACACUCAAAUAAAGUGUAAAAGUCAAGGAGUUCAAACUUUAGACACAGAUGAUAUUAAUAGCUUGUACUCUGAAGGUGUGAUAAGAUAUCCUUCAGGAAGAGCUAAGGAAUUAAAAGAACCUGUUAAUAUUAAAAAUAAUUCAGAAUACAGUGAAAAUGAGAGUCAAUUAAAAUCCAAUAAAGAAACAAAAUUGAGUAAUAAAUUAGCAUCUCAGCUCAACGCUCCACCACCAAGUUAUCGUAUUGGAGUGGUUCCAAAAUACAUCAAAGAAAGAAAAGAAGCUUUACAGAAAGAGCAGCUAGCAAAAAUUGCAGAUAAACACGUAGAUUGCCCAGCUGGACAUGUCCCUCUUCCAGAUCAUGAACGUAAGGAAACCCUCAGUAUGUUAAAAAAAAAUUAUCAAGAAUAUGUGGGUGAACUUAAUAUGUUACCAAUUCGAACUGAUACUUUAAGAUCUCAGAAAAGAAAAAUGGAGAUAGAAAAACAAUUAACAAAGUUGGAAGAAGCAAUCAAAGUCUUUACUAGACCAAAAGUUUUUGUUAAAGUUGAUUCUUAGUUAAUUCAAGUAGUUGAAAACCAUUUUUACAAAAUUUAUUAAUACAUUGUAUUAUGCUGCAUAAGGAUUUGCACUAGACAAUAUCAUUUGGAUACAGUGCAUUUUGCAUUUUUUUUUUUCAAUCAAUAGUAUUAUAUACUAUUAUUUCAUUAAAAAUUGUAAAUAGUUACUUAUUUCUUUUUCUUUUAUAAAUUAUCUAGUCUAUAUUCUGUUUGAUAACAAUGGCACUGACAUGUAAAGUACAAAUAAGUAAAUAUAUCUUACUAUUUUUCUACUA